UGCGACCUUCGAAGUUCUCCGUUGCCCCGCCUCCUUCCCUCAUUCACUGUGGCGGGACGGUGAAACGGAGUCCCGAAGGCUGGUGAAUGAGAGGAAAGGCUGGGAGAGAGGGAGAGGCUGGAGGACGAGGACGGGGACGAAGAGGAAGGAAACAUCCCGCUCGCCUCUCCCUUCUGCCGCUUUUUCAGUGUGGCGGGUGGGGAGAAUUCAUUUUUUUUCAUUUUCUGCCUCCGCGCGGGCAGGACGUGCAGCCUGACGCGUCUCCCUGGGUGGCGGAACCUGGAUAUGAAGAGAGUUGCGGUUAAGAGAAUUCUGGACUGACAAGGUUGACAGAUGUGUUUUGCUAAUGGGUGUGAGUAAACUAGAUGUCUUAUACAGGCGCCUACUUCUCACUAAGCUUUUUAUUCAAGGAUGGGGAAGACCAGAAGACUUGAAAAGAAUAUUUGCAUUCAGAAAGCUUAUUGGAAACAGAGAAAAAUGUCAAAAUCUGGUUUCAAGAGACUAUCCAGUGCACAUCAACAAGGUUGAAGAGCAGUCAGACUGUAAGAUACUUGAUGGACAGUUCAUUUCCCCCUUGGCUCAUUAUGUUCCAGAUAUCAUGCCACCAGAAUCCAUCACAGCAAGGUUUCAGUUUUUAGUACCCAAGCUAUGGAACAGCAAAUACAGACCAGUGUGCAUUCAUUUAGCAGGCACUGGCGACCAUUACUUUUGGAGACGACGCACGUUAAUGGCCCGUCCAAUGAUCAAAGAGGCCUGCAUGGCUUCACUGUUGUUAGAAAACCCUUAUUAUGGAUGCAGAAAACCCAAGGAUCAGUUAAGAUCAUGUCUGAAAAAUGUCUCUGACCUGUUUGUCAUGGGAGGAGCUCUUGUGCUAGAAUCAGCUGUUCUUCUGCACUGGUUAGAAAGAGAAGGCUAUGGACCCCUUGGGAUGACAGGAAUAUCCAUGGGAGGACAUAUGGCAUCUUUAGCAGUGUCAAACUGGCCUAAACCAUUGCCACUAGUUCCUUGUCUCUCCUGGUCUACAGCCUCCGGUGUUUUUACUACGGGUGUACUGAGCAAGGCAGUGAACUGGAGACAGCUUGAGAAACAGUAUUAUUCAGAGAGUGUUUAUGAAGAAGAGAUCAUUCAAAUGCUUGAAUAUUGUGGAACAGAUUCAUUCAAGAUGGGACAAGACUUUGUUAAAAAUUCUCCUGGCAGUGUGGACAGUUUAAGCAAUCUGGAUCUGCAUUCCGGUAUGCUGAACCUGGAUACCAGAAGCAAAGUUCUAUCUUCGGAAACUGGUCACUGCCUUAGCAGUAGCAGAACUACUCUAAGUACCUCAGCGGAAGGACUGUUAGUGCAAGAGGCGUCAAAAAUGCAGUGCAUAAACCAGACGUUUUCAACCAGCAGCAGUAGCAAUAAGGAUUUUACCAGUAAUCAGAAGCAUCUGAUAAGUGGAAAAAGGGACAGUUUACAAAGAGAAUCUUUAAGAUUCAUGAAAGGGGUGAUGGACGAAUGUACUCAUGUAGCUAAUUUUUCAGUUCCAGUUGAUCCAACACUGAUCAUAGUAGUUCAAGCCAAGGAGGAUGCUUAUGUUCCAAGAACUGGUGUACGUAGCCUUCAAGAAAUAUGGCCCGGAUGUGAAAUCAGAUACUUGGAAGGAGGUCAUGUUAGUGCAUACCUCUUCAAACAAGGAUUGUUCAGACAAGCUAUAUAUGAUGCCUUUGAACGCUUUCUCCAGAAAUAUGCUGUAUAGCUCUGUCCUUUGGAACUGUUCUAUAUAGACUUGUUCUGAGCUCUUUCUUACAUGGAUCCUCAUGUUGACCUCAUGUGGAGAACAAGUCAGACAUAAGUUCAGUUAAGUCACCAACUGGAUGGUAAAUUGAACUUGGCGUUAUAUCAGAAUGAAAUCAACCAGUUUCAAACUUGCACCAGUCAUGCCAAUGACAAUUUUAGCACAAUUUUUUAAUACAGGUAAUAUCUGUCUAAUGAUUAGGCUGAUUUUUAAGACUAUUGUUAUUUCGAGAAUACAAUUAUCCUUUGAAGAGAAACCAAUACAGGUUGCUUAAAUUUUAUGUAAAUUUUAGCAUAAGUUUCACACACCAGGUUGUCACUAGGAAUUCAAAAAUUCCUUCAGGGAGACCAGCUAGACCUCAAUAAUGAGUUCAACUUGAAAAGUUUAUUCAUAAUAAAAAGUAUUAAGAUGGUCUAUGCAGACUCUGAGGAGUAGGCAGCUACAUACCCCCACAAUCUUCAGUGUUCCCUGGCCCUAUUUCAACUUCAGUUGGAAGAACAAAGUUUGCACGUUACUUUCCUGCACCUCAUAAUUGCUUCUUUAAAACUAUUUGUCCACCUUUAAUCAUUGAAAGCACCAUGCUAGGUGUGCUCUUAUUUUAAAAUGGAGGGAGGAGGUGCGUACUUCUGUUGAGGAAUCAUAAAAUGUUAAUUGACUGAAUUGUUACACCUGAAAUGAAAAUAAAGCGUGAAUCCUUCUGUAUAUGUAUGUUGCAUGUUUAAUGUUGGUUUUCUUACAAACUAUUUUGCAUCAUGUUGCAGUAAAGAGGGAUUAACUUCAUUUGGAUCCAACCCAAUAUUGUAGUUAAUUCCUCUUUAGUUCUAUUGAAAUCAAUGGGACAAUUUAGUGAAGACUAAGUUAACUCUCAAUUUUUUUAAUUGGAUGAAAGUGACCAUCUUCAUUUGGAUCCAAUCCUUAUCAUCCCCAUCAUUCCCCAUGCUGCCUCCCACAUAGUUCCAGAAGGUCCCCCAACACUCCAGAACAGCCUUCAAUGGGGCUGCUGUGUUUCGGGGAGCAGGACUUGUUGAAAAUAAAUCCCCCCAUUAUUCAGUGGUUGCAUCCUGACUUGAGCUAGGCUCACAGAAGCCCUUCAUCUUACCCAUUGUAUUUUCUUUCAUAUUAUAUGGAAGUUAGUAUGUGCUGUUGAAUUUGAUAAAAUAUUAUUGUGGCUGAAUCCAAUAAAGUUAUAACUUCUGCUCACACAACACAAUUUCUCUUUCCCUCCACCCCAAAUCUGCUAGAGGGUUGGGGGGAAGCUCAGAGGAGAUUGGGGUUCUGUUGUGUGAGUGGAAGUUGUUAAACCCAUGCAGAGACUUAGUUGGAUACAGCGCUCUAGGUGCAACUGGAUUGUGCUGAAUAAUUAAAGUUGAAGUCAGCCCACUUAUCUAGGAAUAGGUCCCAUUGAAUUUGGACAUCUUUAGUACACCUGCAUAAGAUUGUACGUACUAGAAUAAUUUUUGAAGAGCACAGUCUGAUGAAGAGGAAGUUUAUUAAAAGUACUUAAAGAAGCAGCUUUAAGUGGAUUCCAGAUACUGCUAAACUCUUGUUCAAAGUAAUUUCAUGGAGAACCUAAGUAUUAAAACUCACUCCUCUGAUCAGUUAUGGAUAACUGCAAACCCUCUAAGUGUCCCUAUUUUCCAAGGAUAGCCCCGGAUUUACAGAAGCCAUCCCGGUUUCUGAUUUGAUCCCAAAAUGUCUCGUUUUUCCUUAGGAUAGCCCUAUUUUCAUCUGAGAAAUGUUGGAGGGUGUGUAACUGGCACAGUAUUUCAAAUUAAGUAUUUAUGGCCCACAUGAGUCUACUCUAUGUCUCCUUUUGGAGUGUUCCAGUUCCAGGUUUAUGGAACGCCAGAAUUGGCAAAAACGGAUUGGCUUGAAAUAGCUGAGUAUUUGAAAAUGGAAUCUGCCACAAUAUUAUACAUCUACAGUACUAGAAUUUUAUACUGCAAAAUCUGCUGUAGCAGGAGCAGUAACAUGCUUGAGUGUCCAAUUUAGUGAUUAAGGGGUGGUAUUCAUUGCUAGUGCUACCCAGUGUAGACACACUUAAGUUAAUGGACAUGGUGGGUUCCUUGUAAAGCACUUUGAGGUCUUUUUCAACAAUCAAAUUUGUCUAAACAUCACUAUUCUAAGACUACUGUUUAUGUGUUGUGAAUUACUGUGUCAUAAUCAUGUGCUUUUAACAGUAUUUUAUAUAAUUUAUUAAUCUUGCAUUUAAAGUGCAUUCUAUAUUUCACAGACCGGCAAAAUUCUUGGUAACAAAGUCUUUGAUAAAAAAGUUUUGUGGCCUUACUAUAUUCAAAUGUCUCUAAUACCUAACAUUUCAUUUAAAAGAAUUUACUAAUGGUGUUCUAAUCAAAAAGGAAAAUCAUAGUUAAAUGAAAGUAAGUUUCAGAAUUCCAUGUACUUUUCUAACUGCAUUUUAUAUUUUUCAAUAAAGCCUUGCAAAAACAUUUUCAUGCUGCUGGUCUGUAUUGUGAAGAGCCUUCUUGUAGACAGUUGCUGAGUCAUUAGGCUCCAAUGAAAGUACUAUAUCCAAAUUGAGUAGCCAAACCCAGUUUUAGUAGGCUCUGCGACUGGGAUUGCCAUACUCAUGGGCUCUACGUAAUCUUAAAUGGCAACGUUUUAUAUGAAAAUAGUUGACUUCUUCCAAGACAACUCUCCCAAGAACCUGAAUUACUCAAUAGUUAAAAAACAAAACACAAUGCUCAUACAUAAAAAAUACUAUUUGACAUUUCAUAUUUGCUGUAUCUAAUUAUUGUCUACCUCCAGGGAAUAUAAACUAUUUGGAGUAUGCUUCAGCAUAAAGGUGUUCUCAACCAGAAACAUCACCUGUUUUGUCUUUGCUAUUCAGCCUUGAUGACUGUAAUGAAUGGCA